ACUGGUCUCUGCUUCGCCUUUACAAUUUGGCAAGAAUUGUUUUGAGUGAACUUUGACUUUACCCAAUUUUGAAUGUCAAAUCGUGCAACGUUGUCACGUGUGCUGGUGAUGAAUUGUGUGUUCGGUGGAUAUUUAAUUUGAAAAAGCAGUGUUUGUAUUUUGCUUUGAUUGGGUAAAUAUGUGGUGAUUAGACAUAAAUGAGUGUCCUUUUUGGUGCGAUUUUCGCCGUACUCGUUUCUUUUCCCUGUCGAGUUUGCGCGAGUUGCGCCGAAGCCUGUCCGAAAAUCCAGUCGCUGCAUCUGGCAACGCCGGUCUGUCAUUCGUCAAUCAAGUGUGCCGUGUUCGUCUGUCAAUGCCUCCUGUCAACUUUCUAAUCGGAACACAUGUUUGAAUUUUUUGCGACAGCCCCCGAGCAGCUCCCCGGCGCCGUUUGCCCAAGCAAUUAUGAAAAUUAGGAGCGAAUCCGUGAAAAUCGCAAGGCAAACAUCGGUGUUGACACAGCGGUAAUGUUUGACUUAGAUUACAAACAUGUACUUCCUCAUGACAAGGGUGUACUCCAACAUAUGCAGCAUUCGGAAUGAAUCCUCCAAGAUAAAGAUGUGCUCCUAACGAACGCGACUGCGAUGGCGACCUCCGAGAAACGGCCCUCCUCGGUCAGCUACCGCUCGGAGGCGGAGCACCCCUCGGACGACGACAACGCCCAGCUCUCCCUCGACCCCAACCUGCAGAUGUACCUGGCGCAGGUGUCGCAGCAGAGCGGCUGCUGGGGGCGCUUCGUGCCCAUCCCGUUCGAGCGGGCGGCAAGGAAAUCCUGGUGGGACCCCACGUUCGACUCCGAGAUCCUCGAGGAGCAGUACAAGAGGAGCUCCAACCCGCACCAACGGAUCAAGUUCAGGUACGCCCUCGGGUACAUGUUACUAAUUUCCUCCUCAUGGCUCAUCUACUUCCUCGUAACGGGCGUCAUUUCCGAAACCGACCAUUGGCCGACCCUCUGCAUGGUACUCGGAGCCCUCAUGCUGUCCGUAACAAUCGUCCUCUUCAUAACCUACACCGACAUCUACAACAACCACAUGUUGCUCAUUUCAUUAAUCGUCGCCUUCGUCUUGUGCAUUAUAAGUUUAUCGUUCAUCGUCUUGGUACCAGUGAAGACAGACAUAACCUCCGACAUCAGUCCGGUGGGCCACUUCUCCAUCUGCAUCGAAAUCCUGAUGGUGAUCUACACCCUCAUCCCUCUCAAGCUCUACAUGAGCAUCGUGAUCGGCCUCUUCUACUCGUCCGCCUUCGAAAUCCUCACCGUCAGCCUGCAGAAGGAGCCCUUCGACGCCGCCACCAUCACCGUCCGACUGCUCUCCCACCUCUGCAUCCACCUGAUCGGUCUGCACAUCCUCGUCAUGUCCAACGUGAGAAUAAGGAACACCUUCAUGAAAGUUGGCCAGAGUUUGCUCGUGCGACGCCAGCUCGAAUCCGAGAAGAAGCUCAAAGAGAACAUGAUCCACUCCCUCAUGCCGGCUAGCGUGGCCGAGUGGCUCCUCAACGAAGAAGAGACUUUCACCCGCAGCGACCAGCGCAACUCCGACCCCGAGACCAACGUCAUACGGUCGAUGUUCCGUCCCUUCAACAUGAACCGCAUGGAGAACGUGAGCAUCCUGUUCGCCGACAUCGUCGGCUUCACGAAGAUGGCGAGCAAGAAAAGCGCCGAGGAGCUGGUGGAAAUCCUGAACAACCUCUUCCAGCGGUUCGACCACCUGUGCAAGUUCCACAAUUGCGAGAAGAUCUCGACGCUGGGGGACUGCUACUACUGUGUGUCGGGGUGCCCGGAGCCGCGGCCGGACCACGCCAAGUGCUGCGUGGAGAUGGGUUUAAGCAUGAUCCAAGCCAUCAAGCAGUUCGACCAGGAGAAGAACGAAGGGGUGAACAUGCGGGUGGGCGUGCACACGGGUACGGUGCUGUGCGGGAUCGUGGGCACGAGGAGGUUCAAGUUCGACGUGUGGAGCAACGACGUCACGCUGGCGAAUCGGAUGGAGUCGACGGGCAAGCCGGGGAUGGUGCACGUGUCGGAGAAGACGUGCGAGUUCCUCCAGGAGACGUACUUGCUCGAGGAGGGCGAGGCCGUCCUAGGCAUGAAAACGUUUUUCAUUUUGGGUCGGUGCGGCGACCGCACUCCCUCCUACACGGGCAGCUUUCGCGCCGAAGGCCGGCAGAAGUACACGAACUCGUUGCAGCUGUUCGUCUCGCCGCCGACAUCGUCACCUUCUAUGUCUCCCCAGUCCAGGCCGCGCGUCCUCUCCUGCGACACCACUCACAUUAAAGCCACGCACAACCCGAACAUGCUAUCGCCGGACGUGUGCAAGAUCAAAGCCAGCAGCUUACCGAGCAUCCUCGACUCGGAGAACGAACAAGACGGCGAUGCGUGCAAGGAAACCUCAGACUGUGAUAAUAUUAAAACGCCAACAUCGACCGCCAGUUCCGGCAAAUACACCGUCAAACUGAAGAGCUGGAAGAUGCCGAAAUUCCUGCGGAAGCACGAAGGGAAGGACGUGGAAGUAGAACAGGUUCCGGCGAACUCGGAGGACCGGAUGUCGACCUCGGGGGGUUACCAGCAGGUGCCGACCAUCAUCGAAACGUCGAACGCGGCCAACGGCAAGAAGAAGGAGAGCGUCAUCAGCGUGACGGACGCGGACGAUGACAAACGAAGCAGCAUUUUCUUGGACGACGCCAAGGACACGAUUGACGUGAAAUCGUACAUCAGCCAAUCGCGCAGCGACAUCGGCCAAUACGAUUACUCGCCGGGCGACUUAAGUCAGUUGCUGAGGACCGGAAGUUACCGAUCGCAGUACGGGCGGUCCCCGAACGAGUACUCGUUUUUGUCGAGGGCGGGCAGCAACCGAUCGAGACGAGGGCGCUCCCCGAACUUCGAAGUCAUACCCGGGGAAAGAGCGAGAAGCGCCACGGUCGCAGUCGGUAACAUCGAAAGACCGAAAAUGUCGCUCGAAGUUCCCGGCAGGCUUACCAACAUCGCCGUUUUGGACGACCACUUCGCCGUGCAGUCGGUGUACAGUCGGAAGGACUCGGGAAUCAAGAGCAACAGCCGCCGCAGCAGUAUACAGCAGCUGGAUAACCCCCUCCCCAACUCCGACAUGCUGCAGCACCGCGUGUCCGGCUACUAUACGUCGAGCCAGAGCUCGGUCAACUCCCCCCACUUCGCCCUCCGGAUGCCGCCGACUCUGUUUAAUAAGUUCGGCACUUGCAUCCAAAGCCUGCGAAAACAAUCAGACCGUCAAUUAAUAAAGUGCGUACAAGAAAACUCCAAGUCGAGAGGUUCCUAUUUUAUUAAGCCGCCUUUGCGGAAGUUGACUUUGUUUUUCAAGGACGCGCAAAUGGAACAAGAUUAUCGAGCAAACGUCCAUUCGCUGUUCGAGCAGUCGGACGCCAUUUUGACCCUAGCCAAUUCCAAGUUCAACACGUACGUAGACGUGUUGGUUUCGAGUCUAGUCUUCGCUAUAGUCACGAUCUCGCUGUGGUUGUUGUACGGUCACACGACCCUCUGGUUGGUGAUGUCGUUGCUCUUCGUCGCGGUUCAAGCGGUCGGGUGGGCGCUGUGUUCGAAAAGGGUGGUGGAAUGCUCGGAUAGAAUCCUAAGAUGCGUGUCGAGAUUCUAUAGGUGGAACAUGUUCGGGGCGGUUCUGGUGAGUUUGCCGCUGGUCACCGUCUUGAUAAAUUUCUGCACGAAGGUGUUCACCACGUCGGAGUCCACGAACUACCUGUAUACGUAUUUGUUGUUCGUGGGGGUCAUCCACUUCUGUAAUUUCACCCAGUUGAACUGCUGGAUGAAGAACAGUCUGGCGAUAGUUUGCGCAAUCGUGUUCAUUCCGUUGUUCUUGACCGGCACGUGCUCGAAUUUUUUCGUCGAGAGGGACGAGAAGACCGAGUUGAACCCGAUCGUGGCGGUUCCAGACGAAGGCAACCGAACCGAAUCGGCUCGCUUCGACGACGACCUAGACCAUUACAGUUUCCUGUACAAAUCCGAGAUCCUCAUGGACUUGUUCCUGCUCCUGGUGCUCGUCUGCCUCCUCAACCGCGAGUUCGAGAUCGGCUACCGCUUGAGUUUCCACGCCAACUACGUCUCGAACCGCGACAAAAUCAACGUCCAGAAUCUCAAAACCCAAGCCGACUAUCUCAUUUACAACAUAGUACCUGAGCACGUCGCCGAGCAGCUCAAGAAAAACGCGAAAUACUCGGAGAACUUCAAGGACGUGGGGAUCAUCUUCGCGAGCGUGGUGAAUUUCAACGAGAUGUACGACGAGAGCUACCUCGGCGGGAGGGAGUACCUCCGCGUGCUCAACGAGCUCAUCGCCGACUUCGACGAGCUGCUUGACCGGCCCGAGUUCCAGAGCGUGGAAAAGAUCAAGACGAUCGGGAGCACGUUCAUGGCGGCGAGCGGGCUCAACUCGCAGAUGCGCCGCGGCCAGAAGGACCCCCACGAGCACCUGUUCGCGCUGAUGGACUUCGCGCUGGAGAUGCAGAACGUCAUCAGCGACUUCAACCGCGACUUGAUCGAGUUCAAUUUGAUUUUACGGGUGGGGUACAACUUCGGCGACGUCACCGCGGCGGUCAUCGGCAACACGAAGCUGUACUACGACAUCUGGGGGGACGCGGUGAACAUCGCGUCGCGGAUGGACUCGACGGGGGUGAACGGGCACAUCCAGAUCGGGGAGAACUGCCUCGAGGUGCUCCAAGAGAGGUACGUUUUCCAGCCGAGGGGCUCCGUCUACGUCAAAGGCAAAGAUAACAUGAACGUGUACCUCCUCCAGCGGAAGAAGGACGAGGAGGCCGCUUAAGCGUUUUUCUUUUUCAUUGUGCCUGCAAACUUGCAUUCCAUAAGCUGCUUUUAGCUGAGAGUGACCAAGUGUAGCCUUAAACGCUCACCGGAUACUAGGUGUUUGUCGGUUAGUCUAACCAAAGAGCGGUGGCGAGCUGCGUCGCGAACGCCAAACCGAGUAGGCCGAACCUGGGGCUCGAACGCAGCGGUUUUGUACACAACGAAAUACACGAUAGUCCAGCCAAUCCGGCCAAUAGAAUUUGAAAAAGUCGCCAAUGGCGAGAGCGGUUUUCGAGUCCCGGUCCGGCCGAAAUUUGGGGGACAAUAAUUGGCGGUCUCGAGAUUUGCGUGUGAUUAUUGGUUGCUUAUUUUUUGUUGCCGCGGCGCGCCACUGUGUGGGCGGGGCUCGCUUGACCGUACCAAAGAGUGGGCGGGGUCCGGGCCUCGGCCGGUUCUGUUACCGAGGGGGCGGAGCCUCCGUUUCCAAUUUUCGAUAGGUUUUUGGAGAUUUUUAACAGGAUUUUCGAAUAACUGUGAUAAUGUAUCUCAAUUAGUGAUUUUAGCGCUUAGAAGGGCCCUAAUUCAUUUGUAGUUUGUUUUUUUUUCGAGCAAGAGGACAAACACCUAAUUGUAUUUCUUGCCAAUAAGUACAAAUCCGAUUUGGAAAAUUCCGUGAGGUGUGCGGACGUAUUUUAUACUCAUUAUUGUUUUAUAUAUACAGUAAUUUUAUACAGUAAGAGUUUGGAUUUAUACCAAAGAGAGGGGAAAUUUUAUUGCAUUAUGCUUGGCGGAUUUCGUGUUAGACUGAUGAGAGAGCGCGUUGUCUUACCUCAUUAGAACUUUGACCAAUUGAGGACCAUGUAAAAAUUAUUGUGAUUAGUUUUGUUUUGGUAGUUGUGCGGUUUUCGACUAGUCGGGUCGGCUUUAUACUUUGUUAUUUUUGAUAAAGUCGCUGACUAGACGAAAACGAAGCCCAUGUAAUGUGGAAAAUUGUAUAUGAUAUUAUACGGUAGCUUUAAAAAAAUAACUAGCUUAUUUGUUAGUGGAGUUCCUAACAUUGUUUUUUUUUUUAUAAAGAAAUGUAUUACCGUCUACGGUUCUUACGUUUUUAUUCCGUUAAUUUUAACGUAUUUGUUUUUAAUUUAAAGUUGUAUUUAUUUAUUGAGUUGUGUACAUAGUCAAAUUUUAAUUAUUUAACUAUAUCCCGUAAAGUGCCUUCUAUCAUUUAAACUGUCUUUAUGAUAUUUGUUUAAUUCGUAACAAAUUUUAAUAGAUAUGUUUGUGCACCGUCCUAUCAUGUAUGAUACUGAUAUUAUAUCUCAAUAAAAUGACCUGUAAUUAAA